AUGUCGGGUUUUUGCGAGGCUCGGGAGGAGAAGGCGGGUUCCAGGCCGCGACCCCAGGUGAGAGUGAAUGAAUAUAAAGAAAAUCAAAACAUCCCUUACGUGUCUCUGAGACCAAUACCCAGGACAGUUUUAGAAAAAACAGUUACAGUUCACCUUGCUGCCUUUUCAUGCAAUGACAAGGUUGACCAAUUUCAGCACUCCAAAUCCCUAUUAGAAAAGAAUUCUAAUAAUGAGCUGCUGUGUAAGAAGAUUGAAAUAAAGAAAACUAGCAGAGGGAUUUUAACUCCAAAGAUGGAAGCCACAUCUUUCAGAGCAGAAUCCACUCUGCAAAAAUCAUCCUUAGAUGUUCAUCGUGAAAGUAACACGCGACUACACAAGAGCUCUUCAGAGGCAGUGAUUCUCAGUGUUGAUAUGGAAAGCAGUCAGGAUGGAGACAGUGAUGAAGAUACCACGCCAGGCCUGGAUGAUUUUUCAGGAUUAUCAUCAUAUGAAAGGAAGAGACUAAAGAACAUAGCAGAAAAUGCAAACUUUUUUGCUUCUCUUCAGUUGUCUGAGUCAGCUGCAAGACUCCGUGAAAUGAUAAAGAAGAGACAACCUUCUGAAUCCAAGAGAAAGAAGCCUAAGAAGAGAGAAAGUGAGACUGGCUGUAGAAGGUCAAUGCGAUUACUAAAAGUAGACCCUUCAGGAGUUUCAUUACCACCAACUCCACCCCAGCCAGCAUUAGUAGCAGAAGAAAAUCCUUUGUUACCGCCUGGGCCAUUAGAAAUGACUCCUGAAAAUCGAGAUGGUAGCAAUGAACUAUUUAAAGAAUUUCUACAAACAUGGGCAGAAAUGAGCAAGACAAGUAGUAAGAAUACUCAAAAGGAGUCACCUAGCCUUAAAAGCUACAAUGCCAAUUUAAGUGGCAUGGUCAUUAGUGAAGAUACUGUUUGUAAAGUUGCCAAAGGCGCAGUAUUCUCUGUGGCUCUACACCCAUCAGAAACUAGAACUUUGGUUGCAGCUGGGGCCAAAUCUGGGCAAAUUGGACUUUGGGAUUUGACCCAACGACCUAAAGAAGAUGGGAUUUAUGUUUUUCAUCCUCAUAGUCAGCCAGUUAGCUGUCUUUACUUUUCACCUGUCAAUCCAGCCCACAUACUGUCACUGAGCUAUGAUGGCACACUACGCUGUGGAGAUUUUUCCAGAGCUAUUUUUGAAGAGGUAUAUAGAAAUGAAAGCAAUUGCUUUUCUUCCUUUGACUUCCUGGGAGAAGAUGGCUCCACUUUAGUAGUAGGACACUGGGAUGGAAGUAUGUCACUAGUGGAUACACGGACACCUGGAACUUCUUAUGAGAAACUUGUCAAGUUUUCUUUGCAAAAAAUAAGAACUAUUCAUGUCCACCCAGUGAAUAGACAGUAUUUUAUUACUGCAGGAUUGAGGAAUGUUUGUAUUUAUGAUGCAAGAAAACUGACACCCAUGGGAAGCCAGCCUUUGAUUUCUUUAACUGAACAGACAAAGAGCAUUGCUUCUGCCUAUUUUUCACCUAUAACUGGUAACAGAGUAGUGACUACAUGUGCUGAUUGUAAUCUGAGAAUCUUUGACAGCAGCUGUAUAUCCUCUCAGCUUCCUCUCCUCACAACGAUCAGGCAUAACACCAUCACUGGGCGCUGGCUGACCAGAUUCCGAGCUGUGUGGGACCCUAAACAAGAAGACUGUAUCAUAGUUGGCAGCAUGGCCUACCCACGGCGCAUCGAAAUUUUCCACGAGACAGGAAAGUGCCUGCAUUCUCUUUUUGGUGGAGAAUACCUUGCCUCUGUGUGUUCCAUCAAUGCCAUGCAUCCGUCUCGGUAUAUUUUGGCUGGAGGAAAUUCCAGUGGGAAGAUACAUGUUUUUAUGAAUAACGAAAGCUUCUGA